CGACGCGCUCGUGCUGCGGCGGAGCUCUGAUUGCGUCGCGGGACCGGCGGAGGCUGCUGCGCGCGACGGCGCCGGUUUGCGGGCUCGGGAAGACGCGUGCCAUGCGGAUGAUUCGGGACGCAAGACGCAUAUGAAAAACCCUUACCGACUGUCCACACCGAUGAGCUCUGCCAUGCGACGGCGAUGGUUUGUGGUGCUGCUGGUGCAGGCAUGGCUCUCUGCGAGUUUUUCUAACGGUGAGCGGCCAUGCCCACGGAGCUGCCGCUGCGAUGGCAAGAUCGUUUACUGCGAGUCCAGUGCGUUCCGCGACGUGCCAAAAAACCUGUCUGGUGGCUGUCAGGGCUUGUCUCUGCGCUACAACAGCUUGGCAAGCUUGCGUGCUGGCCAGUUUGUUGGCCUCAACCAGCUCAUUUGGCUCUAUCUUGACCACAACUACAUUGCAACCGUGGACGCUCGUGCCUUUCAAGGAAUAAGGAGGCUCAAAGAGCUAAUCCUGAGCUCCAAUAAAAUCACGCUCUUGCAUAAUACCACAUUCCACCUGGUACCAAAUCUGAGGAACCUUGACCUAUCCUACAACAAACUGCAGGCUCUGCAGCCAGGUCAGUUCCAAGGACUGCGCAAACUCAUCAGUUUGCACAUGCGCUCCAACUCUUUGAAGAAUCUACCAUCUCGCCUGUUUCAGGAUUGCCGCAAUCUUGAAUUCCUCGACCUUGGCUAUAAUCGUCUGCGCAGCAUCACACGUAACGCGAUGUCGGGGCUUGUGAAGCUGACGGAACUCCAUCUCGAGCAUAAUCAGUUCUCCAAAAUAAACUUUUCCAACUUCCCCCGGCUUUAUAACCUCCGCGCUCUUUACCUGCAGUGGAAUCGCAUCCGGACCAUGAGCGAGGGACUUACGUGGACCUGGAGUUCUCUACAGAAGUUGGACCUUUCAGGGAAUGACCUACAGGAGCUGGAGCCAGAGGUCUACAAAUGCAUGCCGAACUUGCAGACACUUAAUGUGGAUUCCAACAAGCUGGUUAACGUCUCUCAGGAAGUUGUGUCGGCUUGGAUUUCCCUGAGCAUGAUCAGCCUAGCUGGAAACAUGUGGGACUGUGGACCUGUCGUCUGCCCCCUAGUAGCUUGGCUGAAAAAUUUUCAAGGGAACAAGGAGACUCCCAUGAUUUGCGCCUCACCCAAAGAGGUUCAAGGUGAGAAAGUCUUGGAUGCGGUGGAGGCAAGUGGUGUGUGCAAGGUCAGUCAUGUUACUCCCUCAUUUGCUAGUUCUACAACUACCCUUUCUGGUGCCCCUGCUCUGAAUGCAGCCCUUCCCUUUUCUCCCACACUUCAUUCCGGAGGUAGCAGAAGGGGCCAGGGCACCUCCUUGCACCAUCCCACCCCUUCAAGACCACCACAGUCUGAUGUCUCUCAACCCGAGCAAGAUUUUGAGCCAGUGUCUUUCCACAAGAUAGUGGCAGGGAGCGUUGCACUGUUUUUAUCCGUCGCAAUGAUUCUGCUUGUGAUUUACGUGUCUUGGAAGCGCUAUCCGAGCAGUGUCAAGCAGCUGCAGGAAAACACUUCAGCUGCCCGCAAACGUCGAAAAAAGUCUAGGGAGACUGAACGUACGCUCAGCACCCCCUUGCAGGAGUACUAUGUGGACUACAAACCUUCAAGCUCCGAGGCCACAGAUGUUCUGGUCAAUGGAACAGGGCCAUGCACAUACUCCAUAUCCGGUUCCAGAGAAUGUGAGGUUCCUCACCAGAUGAGCGCUCUGACCUUCUAUCGCUAUGAACAGCCCGUUCUGGACUACUGCCAAGCCCAUCAGCCGAUGCGCCUCAACGUGAACUAUGAUUGCCCGCCUCAGGGUCUUGAUGAUCUGCCACCACGUGACAGGGGCACCAUUCAGACCGUGGCUCUGCCAGCUGUUCCACCCUCCAGCUCACCUCCUACCCUGAGAACACCCAUACAAGGCCCAGGUGUUUCUUACCCAAGCACGGAGCGCUCCAUAAAGUACCCGUCCAUCGAGCGGCCUACUAGCACCCUCACCUUUGGACGCUAGCACUCACGGGAUGCUAAAGCGAAUUCUAUAGGAUGGUAACGACUCUUUGAGUAGUUAGAGCCUUUGGAAAAGCUAACAUUUUCAGAAGGAAUUUCACUCCACAUACGGAUCUAACUUUACGUGGAUGGAUUCUUCUUCUGGUGAACUUUUUUUUUUUUUCUGAAAAAAAGAAGAGAGAAGGAUCUAUAAAAGACCCAACCAAGGACUCGCAACUCAGAUGUUCAAUACACGCUCCAUGACAGUGAGCUCUAUGUACAGGGAGAUGGGAUUUCAUUUGUGGUUUUUUUUUUGUUGUUGUCCUUUUUUUUUUUUAUUCUUUUUUUCAACACAAACGCUGCUCUUCUGAGUCUCGUUCAAUGGAAAAUUGAAACUCAAUACAGCACGCGUGGCGCGUUAAAUGGCACUUUAGUUGCUGUUCUAUGUCCUUUUCGUGCCAAACACGACGGGACGUUGCCUUUGAAAAGCUGAUAAUGGUGAUUCACUCACGCUGUGUCGAGAAUGAAACAGAACGUGCAAUAAACAAGUUUCGUAGUGGGAGGAAAAAGGGGGGAACAGGUGCGGAGACAAAAUAUGGCCUACAUGUAAGAGAAGGAAUGAAACAAGUUAAAGUUUAACAGCCCUCAAAGACAUCUCGCUGUUAUUUUCAGCUACAUUUCCAGACAGCGGUUAUACACGGUGUCAGCGAUUGAUCUUUGAAAGAGAUCAGGAUGUCCCGUUUGGACGUAAUCCUUUCAGAGAACAAGACGCUCUGCAGUAUCUGUUGAUACUAUCAGAAAGUUUCCAGUGCAGAUUUCAGUGCAGACCUCCUGAGAUGUGCACAUGUACCAAAGAUUAAGCGUUCUCUGAGAUGUACAGUACACACCGCAUCAGAUCCUCUUGUGGUACCAAACCACCAAAUCUGUAAGCUCGGACAAAAAUGGAAGGCCUGAAAUUGGUGUAAUAGAUUUACCCUCGGUUAUAGCUCAGAUGUCAAUCGUUGACGUGAACACAUCAACACAGAGAGAAAUGUGCAUUGCGUCUAGCUAGCUAGCUAGCUAGCUGUGCGUGUUUCUCCAGACUCUGUUAGCAGGUAGGAGUUAUCUUCUGUCAAAACUGCCCCAGUUAUCUGCUGACCUUCAAUACAACAAGACAAAACAUAAGGUCAAAUAGGGUUAGGACAAAGGUGGCAAAUAGACUUGACAAUAGACUUGUGUGAUAUAGAUUUUCUUUUUCCUGCUCACGAUUUAUCAUUUAAAAAAUAAUAAUAAUGACGGAGAACAAGAAUUCGACCAUUUUUAAGUUUAAGGAGUGUGCGGUCAGGAACUGCUGUAGUGAUUCUGUAGUAAUGUGCAGCAAACAGUACACAAAAUAUAUAAAUAAACAACAUAACAGUACACCCGCUGCUCAGAGUGUUUAAACGUCAGCGUAUUUAAUCACUUUUUAAUUAUCAUUAUCGUUCAUAUUAUCUGUAAAGUGUUAGAUUUUGGUCCAAUUUUUAUAAUUAUUUUUUUUUUAAUCAUAUUUGGUAAGUUUUUUGGUGGCAUAUGUAAAGUAUAGCAAACCGAUGUAAGCUAAAUCAAACUUAUACAUGGAUAAUUUUUAUUAACGGACCCACAGAAUUCUCCGUUUACCGUGUCCUGCGAGUCAUGUCUGAAUAUGAACAUGUGAGGAUCUAGGGAAGUGGGCGGGGCUUACAGGCAGGGUGAGUUAAUAUUAGAACGUUAAAAAAAAAAAAAAACCUCCGUA